AGAGUGAAAAACUCGGACUUCGCCCCCCCCCCCGCCUCUGAACCGGUUCGCGACACAUGGGGAUCAUCGCCGAUUCACAGAACAAGAAGAAACCUUCUUCUUCUUCCACUUCUCCCUGUGCAAAACUCAGAGACGCCUACCACAAUUGCUUCACCAGAUGGUACUCGGAGAAGUUUGUGAAGAGCCAAUGGGACAAGGAGGAUUGCGUUUCAGAAUGGCAGAAAUACAAGGCCUGCCUCGCCGAACAUUUGGAAGAUAAGCAGCUGAGUCGCUUCUUAGAGGCUGAAGGCAAUGUGAACUCCACCACCGCUGACGGUGGCUAACGAAAACCGGCAGCGGCGGAGAUGGAAAUGAACAACCAUCGACUCUUCUCCUUGGUUGUACGCGAACAGAGCUUUGGCUGCUUCAUUGCUUCGUACGCAAACAGAGCUUUGGCAUUGCCACCGAAAUGAAGAAUGUAGGCCAAUAUACUGUCCAUUUCACGGCUGAAUCCAUGAUUGAUUUUAUGGAGCAGGAAGCCUCUGUUUCAAACGUGCUGAUAUCACCGAUGACAUCUCUACAUUCUGCAGCUCUAGAUCCGUACACACCGUAACAAAAAUAACUUGAAUCAAUAUCGCGGCACAUAGUCCAGCAACUCAAUCUGGUAAAGAAUUAAUCGCUUACGCACAGGCAUUGCUUCUCUAUGGAAGCUUUUUGUGUCGUCGAGCUGCAGAUCCCGGUAACUUUGCAGUUGCUUUAUCUCUGUGCAAUGCACAAUGACAAAGAUUCCCAGCCACACCCAACAUCAAGAACAGUGUGACCAUCUUUUAUCCGUGACCUUUCACAGUAGAGCUCCAACACUGCUUUGAGUUCUCACGCAAGUGUGAAUCCUGGAAAACAUUUAAAGUGUUGUCUGCAAGAAUCCUAUGAUUGGUGCUUCUUGUAAUAAGCAAUUCAAGUUCUUUUAGAAUCCAAAAAUAUUUCAAUAGCGUUUUCAGUCAUGAUCACGGCUAUCUUAUAUUUACAUGGUUUUGACGGAAAGAUAACUAGAAAGUCCAACUUUUGAGCUCAUCUAUGCCCACCAAGGUGGACCGGACCCAAGUAGAAAUAAAGGCCGAAGUAUGAUUUUGGUCAUCUAGUAAUUUAAGUUAUGUACUUUUAUUAGUUGACGUAAUCAAGGAUAAUGUCUUGGUCUAUUUGGUAUUUUAACAUCCUUAAAAAGAUUGAUUCAUGCAAGUGGCUUUCUACUGCAAUGGUAUAGAAGAUGUUGUUCUUACACCACGGCGAGGAUUCAAACCCCUAAUUUCUUCCUUAAUCUAACAAAUCUAUCUUU